AUGCCUUCGAAUAACAGUAAAAAGUCAGACCGCAAAGGAAAAGAGAAAGCAAAUGCAAGUACAAGUGCAUCUACUUCCAUCAGUCAUGUUUUGACUGGCCGUGUUUUGCCUAGCAAAAUUGCCCCAAGUCUCCCACUGAUUGCUAACCAAGACCAGAGAUAUAUGGAUAUUGUUGACAUGUUUAACAAAGUCAAUGAAAACAUUGAAGGUGUUAAGAGUGACAUUGCUAAUGUCAAUACAAACAUGACUACUUUCAAGAACAAGCUUGGAGUAUUGGUUGGCACGUCUGAAAAGACAAAUAUGGCUUUUGUUGAAUUUGCCAAAGCCUAUGCCAAUGACCAGGCCCGCAUGGCUAGUGUAAGAUCAUCUUUGAUGUCAUAUUCCGCCCCUCCACUCUCUCUCAGUGAUGCUAAAAUGACUGCAGUUAUUUUGGAAAUUCUGAAGGCAACAGUAUGGAAAGCAAACUUUCAGUCCGAUGACCCCAAGUGGAACAAGAAUGAGAAAAUCAAUUACCCUGAUAAUGUUGUGGUGAUCAAGUACCUCAAAAGCUAUAUUCUUGCACAACCACGUGCAAGUGGGUUUUCCCACAAGUUUGUAGUUGAUAAAAUCAAAAACAACUACAAAUAUUACCAUCAUAAAACUCAUAUGACAGAUGAACAAAAGGCUGCUACAAGAAGCAAAGGGAGAGCAAACAGCCAUACUGAUCAGUGCACAUAUAACAGUAACUGGGUGGUCUUUGAUGCUGCAAUGGGGUUUAAGGCUGGAAACCCUGCUGAGAAGUUCAACAGAUUGUUGGCAAUUGUUGAUGACAUUGCGGCAGACCAUGACUUGCAAAAUGCAGGUGUGGGAACAAAGUCAAGAAUGAAAAGAUAUCAAACAACAGUAUUGCCUUGCUCUAUUCCCACCAGUCUCUCUUGGUCAUUGCCUGGUUGGGCAAUCAACAAUGAAUAA